CAUGCGAUGGCAAAGCGAGACAUUCGGAUUCUUAUUGUUGAUAAUUAUGACUCUUAUACUUAUAAUCUCUUGCAAGCACUAGCCGAAGAGACUCUUUUAAAACCGAUUGUUAUUCAGAACGACGAUUACUUGUCUUUCGAAUCAUUUUCUUGUAGUGACUUUGAUUGCGUUAUUCUUUCUCCAGGUCCAGGAAGGCCAGAGAACUCUAAGGACUUUGGUCUCUGUUUCCAAAUUCUAAAAGAGUGGUCUCUUCCUUUGCUAGGCGUUUGUCUUGGCUUUCAGGGUUUGGUCUGGACUUUUGGUGGUGAAAUAGAACACGCGCCCGACGUAUGGCACGGACGUUUAAGUCGCAUAAAGCAUCAAGGUGUGGAUAUUUUUGCUAGUUUACCUGAGGUAUUCUCCGUGGUAAGGUACCAUUCACUGUGUGUGAAAGCUUCGACCCUUCCUGAUUGUUUGUACCCUCUUGCUUGGUCAUUAGAGGAUAAUCUACUUAUGGCUUGCAAACAUAAGGAAAGACCUGUUUUUGGAGUACAAUUUCACCCUGAAUCGAUUUGUACAGAGCAUGGCAAGCAGGUUCUGAGCAACUUCCUUGAUAUCGUGAUCAAAGAGAGGAAGCCAAUUAAUAUUUUUCGAAGCCAAGAAAAUUUUCUUCAGCCUAGGCUAAGCUCAAAAUCAACGUACACUGCGCAAAUUAAGCAAAAGUUUCGUGUGGUGUCGAAAUUGCUCAAGACACCCUUGAAUGAGUUAGAUAUUUCAACGCUAUUUCGAAAGAUUUAUGGAAAUUCAAAUGUGCCUUGUUUCUGGUUAGACUCAUCAUUGUCAACUGAAUGUGGUGAACAGUAUUCUUAUAUGGGAGAUUGUUCAGGUCCGUUCUCAGCGUAUUUCGAAUAUAAUGUUGAGCAUCAGGCAGUCGAGCAAUAUAGUUGUGGUGAUGACGCUUCUCUAAAAUUUACUAAUGUUUUCAAGUGUAAUAUAUUCGAUUUCUUGCAAAUGAAGCUCAAUGAAAGAGUAGUAGAUGCAGCGUGUAUUCCUCUUUAUGAGUUUUGUGGUGGUUUUGUUGGUUAUUUUGGCUAUGAAACCAAAAAAGAUUGUUGUCCAAUACGUAAUCGACAUAAGUCUUCGUUACCAGAUGCAGCGUUUAUGUUCUGUGACCGUUUCAUUGUAAUAAAUCAUCGUUCUAACACAGUUGAAGCUGUCUGUCUUGAAGAUAUGGUAGCAGAUAAUUCUGUGACUAGCAGACAGUGGUUUCAAUACAUUGAACUUCAAGUCAAAGAUGUUGCAGAGAACCAGGAGACACUGUUGGUAAACGAGCAAAACGAUGCCAUUGAGUUUCCAAAGUUUCGAUGGGAAAUUCCGGAACAAGAAUACAUUGAAAAGAUAAAGCGUUGUAAGACUUUUAUUUAUGAAGGUGAAACAUAUGAGAUAUGUUUGACCAAUCGAAUCCAUUUCGAGGGUCGAGUGGAUCCUUUUGCUGUUUACUGUAAUCUUCGGAAGAUCAAUCCAGCUCCCUAUUCCUGUUUUCUUCGUCUAAAGUCCUUAUCUGUGUGCUGUAGUUCUCCAGAGCGCUUUAUUCAUGUGAAUCGCAACAUGGUUAUCGAGUCGAAACCAAUAAAGGGAACCAUAAAGCGGGGAUGUACCCAUGAGGAGGAUAUUGAUUUAAAGAAAAAAUUGGAGAGUUCGGAAAAAGACUUUUCAGAAAAUUUGAUGAUAGUAGAUUUGGUAAGAAAUGACUUUGGAAGAGUUUGCCAUCCGGGAAAUGUAUGGGUUCCCAGUUUGAUGAAUAUUGAAAGUUAUGCCACUGUCCACCAGUUAGUUUCAACAGUACGUGGCAUUCUUGACGAAGAAACUCCUUUACUAGAAGCUCUACGUGCUACAUUUCCAAUGGGCUCCAUGACAGGUGCUCCUAAAGUGAGAACUAUGGAAAUUAUUGACCAGCUUGAAACUUCUGCUCGAGGCGUGUAUUCAGGAAGCAUAGGAUAUUUGAGCUUAAAUGGUGCCAUCAACUUGAAUGUCGUCAUACGUACUAUGGUAAUCACUCAAAAGAGAGUAACAAUUGGCACUGGUGGAGCAAUCACAAGUCGUAGUAUAGAAACAGAAGAAUACCAAGAAAUCUUACUGAAAGCUUCUGCUUUAUUAACUUCGAUAAGUCUAAGCUUAGGCUGUCAUGGACGUUUUGAUCUGAGUUGAAGUAGGAUAAGUUCGAAUGUACUUAUCUGCUCGUUCAAAUAUAUUUAUAUUCUCUAUAUGAUGACUCGUAUAUGCUGUAUUGUACUUUUAUUAGCUUCUCUUCUACGUGCUUGUUUAUAUUUCAUGGAUAUCAUACAACCUUAUCAGCAACACAGUCUUUGCUGUGGAAGAAGCACUUGGCCCAUUCCUCCGCCAGUUCCUUUGUAAUAAAUUGAAUAUCUGAACUUCUGCGAAACCUUGCUCUAGCAUCUUUCAAAAAUGAGUCCUUUUUAGAGUACCAUCUAGAGCUCCAAGGCUGUAAAUUUUUUUUCCACAACUCGAGCUCUUCUUGCUCUGUGAAGACCGCACCCGACAUACUCUUGUUC